AUGGUGGAACAGUUGAGCGAGGAGCAGAUUGCUGAGUUCAAGGAGGCCUUCUCCCUCUUCGACCGCGAUGGCGACGGCAAGAUCACGUCCAAGGAGCUGGGCACCGUCAUGAGGUCCCUCGGCGCCAACCCUACAGAGGCUGAGCUGAAGGAGAUGAUCAAGGAGAUCGAUACCGACAACAACGGCACCAUCGACUUCCCC